GCUGUUCGAACCGAGCAGGAACGCUCUUGACUCUACAGCUAUGGCACCCACUGUUUUUGGACAAGCAAGCUAUCCUAAGGAGCACCUGGCUCCUGCUCAUAAGCUGAGAAAGCCACUGGUGGAGAAACUGCGCAGAGACCGCAUCAACACCUGCAUCGAGCAGCUGAAAUCCCUGCUGGGUCCCGAGUUCAUCAGGCAGCAGCCCGACUCUAAGCAAGAGAAGGCGGACAUCUUGGAGAUGGCCGUGUGCUAUCUGAGAGGCUGGCAGCAUCAGAAGCAGCAGCAGAAGGCCGGCGUGACUUCCGGCCGGAUGGCGGGCGGCGACGGCUACUCUCGCUGCGUGCAGGAGGCCGUCAGCUUCCUGUCACACUGCGAGGUCCAGACUCAGGCCCACCGACGGCUGCUCAGCCACUUCCAGGGCCUGCAGGCGUCCAGCCACACUCCCUGCACCCUCUCUCCUCCUGGCUCUCCGCUCCAUCAGAUCAGCUCCAGCAAGGGUGUGAGCCAGGCCAGCAGUGCUCUGUGGAGGCCCUGGUAGGAUGGAGGCAGCAUCACCUCCUCACAGAGAGAAAGAGAACUAAGUCUGUGAACGUCAUGGACAGAAAGUUGAAGACUUAAUUGAAGUCGGUUUCCUUUUGCUUUGGCAGGAGAGUCAAUAUUGUUGAGUAUUUUACUAGUGUAGCGAAAAAGGGCACAAUGUGCCAGUAUUCCUUUGGAAGUAUUGAAAUGAUCAGGUUUUACUGAACAUGUACACCGUGUGUAUACACAUUAUACGCUUUACAAUUUAAAGUGCUUACUCUUGUUCCUGUGGGGAGAAAUACUUUUGUUUGUUUGUUUUGCAAGCAUCACUGAAUUGUCUUGUUGUAACACCCUCAUGGGGUGGAAACUAUCUAAGUGUCUGAGACACUGUUUGGUUUAUGUGUUUAAACUACUGUCUAUCUGUGAUACUAAGUAUCACUGACUGAUACAUUUCAUCAGCUUGGUGCUGAUGAAUCAACAACAUCCCUUAAUUGGAUCCCAUGGAUUCACUUUUACUGUAAAUCUUUUUAUGAUUAUACUUAAUUAUGACUAUAUGUAACCAUUAUCUGGCCUAUGAGUGUUGUACCUGUUAACUGUUCAGUUGUAAUGUUGAUAAUAGAUGCUUUUUCAUCUUCAAGUGAAUACCUUUUAUAAAGGCAUGUUAUGUUGACAUCAAUCUUUACGAAAAGAUUCUGUUGAAUUGCUUCCUUGAGAAGUUUGCCUUUGAACUUGAAAAAUAAAUUGGAAACUUCACAUGAAGUUUGACAAACAUAAA